UUAUCUAUAAUUACAUUUAAUUAACUAACUUAAACAACAAAUGAAGGUAUGGCGUCACAUGUAGAUUCCUUAGGAAGAUACGGAAAUGGGCAUCCACCUACAAAUACCUUAAUUGGAGGUAAAGGAAUUAACGAACCAUCAAAUUCUAUAAUUCUAAGUAAGAAGUCUGGGGUAUCAACUAAACAUAAUGAGGAAAGUAAACUAAAUUCAAAAUUAUCAGAUAAAAGUAGAAUAGAAGAAGUGAAAAUGUAUCAUAAUCAAGAUCAAAUAAUAUCUGAACAACAUCAAAUAGCUCAAGUUUAUAUUAAUGAUAUAUUUUCAAUUAUUAAUCAAUUAAAUAAUGAUAAUAAUGGACUUCAUCCGAUAAAGAGUAUACAGUUAAUAGGUAAAUUAAUUCUGAAUAUUAAUCAAUAUCGAGAAAUGCCACAUAUAUCGGCUAAAACCAUUGUUUCCUUAACUCUUCAAUUAAAUAAAUUACGAUGUUUACAUAUAAUGAUGAAGAUACGAGCACUUCUGAGAUCAUUAACUCAUUUAAAAUCCCAUAUCGAUAAAGUAAAUGACAAUAUUAAGAAAACUAAAUUAAUCAAGAAUGAAUUACAUGACAAGUUAAAAUCAUCAGAAGAAAUCCUUCGCUUAAGAUUUGCUGAAGAAUUUUCUUUAGUAAAUGAAAGUAUUAAUGAAUAUAAAUCUAAAAGAAUACCAGAUGUGAAUCGACAAAUCAAGAAAUUUCAAUCUCUGAAUUUUCUAAUAUUAAGGGAAGCAUUAUUUAAUUGUGAUGGAUCUUCACCAACUUCAAUUAUGGGCUCCAAAAUAUUACGAAUAGAUGAUUUAUUAAAUCAUAAUAUAUUAAGUGUUAAUCAAUUUUUUGAAAAUCUAAUAAUUUUGCAGAAUCAUUUAUCAGUGAUUUUUGAAGUAGACUUACCUUAUUCAAAAGAAUUAAAUGAAUUACUUCCAAAUUCAAAAUUUUAUCAAUCUAUAAAAGUUAAGGAAAAUGAAAUACGUGGAACUCUGGAAGGAGAAGAUGGAGGUGAUGAUGAUAUACUGGAAGGUGAAGAAGAAAAUGUUCGAAUUAUUAAACAAGAAGAAGAAAAAUUAGUACAGGCCAAUGAAAAAGUUGUUAAAUUAACAAGUCAUAUACAUUUACCUUUAUCAUCAAAAUCAAUAAAUGCUCAAAGACGAGCUCUGAUGCAAGUAUCACCAAGUAUUGAACGCGAUUCUACAUCACCUACACCAAUGACUCCUCAACCCAGUGAAUCUUCAAAAUCAUCAACAUCUAAAAAGCCAAAUAAUAUACAAACUUCAUCUAAGAAGAAAAAAAUUAUAAUACCUCAUAGAAUUUUAAGUAAACCAUUUGGAUAUCUUGAUAUGAAAGAUUUUCUGAGAUUUUUAUCAUUAGUACUGAAGAUUAUAUUGAAUUUCCAAGCCUUCUUUGUUCUCAUUAAUAUUAAUUGUUGGUCAAUAAUUAAAAGCUGUGAUUUUCCUGAAAUAAUUAAACUUGUAUAUAAUUUACAUGAUGAUAAAUAUUUGGAAUCAUUAACAAAAGAUGAAUCUUUUCAAGACAAUAAAGAACCUAAUUAUGGGUUAGAACUUAAAGAGAUAUUUGCACUUGUAUAUACUGUAUUUAUGAAAGGUGCUACUAAGAAUGCUAAACAAUUAUCUAAAUUUCAACUUCUACCAUUAAGUCAAUUAGCUCUGCAACAUGAAAAUCUUGAUGAUUGGGAUGUUGUAAGUAAGAUAUUAGCUCUGCAAAUAUAAUUUAAUUAAUAGACAUAGAGAUAUUAUAUGACCUACAAAAUUAAAUAUUUAAUAAUAUGAUAAUGCAUUAACGUUAAUAACAUAAAUGAAGCCAACCAGAUAUC